UACAACUCGAGCAGCGGAAGGUGCAAGUCGUUGCAUCAGCAGGGUAGGGUCUUCAUCCCCCUUUCUUGCGGGCAUUUGACACUGAAGCCAUCCUGUUUGCAUGAAAUCCGAGCAGAUCCCACCUCGAAAUCAUCCCAAUUUGGGAAACUUCGCGCAUAUGCCGGUUUGCAUUUCUGUAGUUUCUUCCACUCUCAGUCGUCAUAAUCCUUAUUAAGUAGCAAUUCAUGGAGUUAGUUUGCUCAAACUAUGUAUAUCUUACUGCUUCGCCGUCGCUGCCGCCGGUGAACAGUCAUCCAAAACCUCAUCGAGGUUCUACAAAAUUGAAUCGUAGGCAUUCAUUUAGAAAUAACAACACAAGAAUUAAGGCUCAAAAAAGCGAGUCGUUGGCUCAAGUGGAAAAGCCCCUGAGUGGAAUCGGCGGUAGCAGCGCCUUGGAGCAGCUUGAUAUCGAACGCGGCAUUUGUGUUCCAUUUCGGAAGUAUACCCCUGAAUCCGUGAGGAAUAAUGUUCUUUCAUCAAGAGGUGCAAUAUUGUCAUUAAUGGGCAGAGGAGUAAAAAUUGUAUGGAGUUUAGGACUCUAUUGGUCGGGAUUCGUAUAUGAUUAUUUUGUGGGCCGUGAUGAAGAAGUUGUUCCUUUCCGUGCACGCCAGCUGAGGAAUCUCCUCUGUGACUUGGGCCCUUCUUUCGUCAAAGCUGGACAGGUGCUUGCAAAUAGACCUGAUAUUAUUAGAGAGGACUACAUGAAUGAACUCUGCAUCCUCCAAGAUGAUGUUCCUCCCUUUCCCAAUCAGGUAGCCUUUAAAAUCAUAGAAGAGGAAUUAGGGCAGCCUCUUGAAGCUGUUUUUAGCAGAAUUUCAUCAGAGACAAUUGCUGCAGCAAGUUUGGGUCAAGUGUAUCGUGCUACACUACGUUCAUCAGGAGAGGAUGUUGCUAUUAAGGUUCAAAGGCCUGGGAUAGAACCAAUCAUCUAUAGAGAUCUUUUUCUUUUCCGUACUUUAGCUUCUUUCUUGAAUGGCAUCAGCCUCCAAAAACUAGGUUGUAAUGCUGAGCUUAUAGUUGAUGAAUUUGGCGAGAAGCUAUUGGAGGAGCUUGAUUAUACCUUGGAAGCUCGUAACAUUGAAGAUUUUCUUGAAAACUUCAAGAAUGACCCUACAGUAAAAAUUCCACGUGUCCACAAACAUCUUUCGGGUCCUCAUGUGCUAGUGAUGGAGUGGAUAGAUGGAAUUCGAUGUACAGACCCUCAGGCUAUCAAGACUGCAGGAAUCGACAUUGAUGGCUUUCUGACUGUUGGGGUGAGUGCUGCCUUGCGACAGCUGCUGGAGUUUGGGCUAUUUCAUGGGGAUCCACACCCUGGAAAUAUCUUUGCCAUGCGUGAUGGGCGUAUUGCAUAUGUGGAUUUUGGAAAUGUGGCUGUUCUUAGUCAGCAAAAUAAACAAAUUCUUAUAGAUGCUGUUGUUCAUGCUGUAAAUGAAGAUUACAGUGAGAUGGCAAAUGAUUUUACUAGGCUUGGUUUUCUAGCCAGUGGAACCGACGUCACCCCAAUAAUUCCUGCUCUGGAAGCAAUAUGGCAAAACUCUGUGGGAAAGGGGCUUUCUGACUUCAAUUUCAGAAGUGUUACAGGAAAAUUUAAUCAGUUAGUUUACAAUUAUCCAAUCCGCAUUCCAGAGAGGUUCUCUCUUGUUAUUCGAUCAUUAUUGACACAAGAGGGCAUUUGCUUAACCCUGAAGCCCGAUUUCAAAUUUCUUGAGGUUGCCUAUCCUUAUGUGGCAAAGCGUCUACUCACAGAUCCUAAUCCUGCUUUACGUGAACGACUAAUUCAGGUUUUAUUUAAAGAUGGGCUUUUCCAGUGGAAACGACUUGAAAACCUAAUCGUUCUGGCAAAGGAAAAUGUGGCAAGGAUGAGCAGCAAUCCCGCCUUGCAGAAAAACCAAAUGCAAAGGACCAUGGACCGGAAAAUCGCACAAAAAUUGGACCUGACAGACACAAUCAAGGAUGGAGCUCGUCUAUUCCUGAUCGAUGAAGGCAUUCGUAGGCAGCUCAUUCUUGCUCUCACCGAGGAUUCCAAGCUCCAUGUUCAAGAGCUCGUAGAUGUAUACCGACUGCUCGAAGACCAAAUAGACUUACCUUCCAUGGCUUUACAAGUAGCACAAGAUCUUCCUUCGGUUGCUCGAGACGUAAUGCUUUCUUGGACUGCCUCUGUGUUGUCUGAUAGAUAGAUAGAUAUAGAUAUAGAUAUAGAUAAAGCUCAGUCCUCUGCCAUGGCUGCUGCAAUCAAAACAUUCAAUAUUGCUCUUCUUCACCUACAGAAAGGAAUUGAAGGAAGACUUUUUAAUUUUUUCAUACUGUAGAUGGAAAUUCAAUUUUUCUUUGGGAUAUAUGUAUGUGUAUAAUAGGCAAACCGCAAUUUUAUACAAAUAUAAUCUGAAAUUUUCAGUAUAUGAAUUUAUUAUUUGAACUC